GUGGGUGUGGCUUCAUGCUGGGCUCUGAGACCUGGGGCUGUCUUAUUGGCUGUAGGUCAUCACCGGCGGAGGCGUGGUGAUUAAUGGCAACGAAUCAGAAGCGUGGCUGGACUUUGGCGCGAGCCGGGAACGCUGAGGCAGGGCAGAUUUGGCGCGAGCUGAGUUCGCUUCAGCUGUGCAUCUUGUGGCGGGAGAUCCCUUGCGGUUGUGAUCGAAACACAGGAACGUGCACUGCGGCGACACAGCCUUGAAGCGUGUAAAGGGGCAGAUUGCUCCGUGAGGCCUGAGAGUUGGCCCGGAGCCCAAAGAGUUGAGGCUGGUUCGAGCGUGGCCUGUGGAGAGCGGAGAUCGCCUGAGUUGAGUGGUCAUUAUGCCUCAAACCCGAUCCCAGGCACAAGCUACCAUCGGUUUUCCGAAAAAGAAGUUGUCUAAGACACUGAGCAAAACGAAUUCCAGAGACAGUAAAGUAAAACUUAAAGACGUCCAGGCUGAACCUUCUGCUCCACGUGCAAACGCUAAAGUUCUGCCUCUCAGUCCCAGAAAACGUCUGGGUGAUGACAACCUGUGCAACGCUCCUCAUUUGUCUUCCUGUUCCCCACCGAAGCUGGGCAAGAAAGAAAACGGCCCACCUCACUCACGUACUCGGAAGGGAUGCAGAUUAGUAUUCGAUGAGGAGCUGACGGUUAAGUCUUCAAACCAAAAAGAGCAAGACCGAGUUCACCAAAACCAAAUACUUCCCUCAGCUCAAAAAGGUCAAGAAACAAAUUCUGAGCAGAAAUGUCCACCGGAGAAGGAAUCUGCGCGUGUGAGACUGUUCAAACAAGAAGGAACUUGCUAUCAGCAAGCAAAGCUUGUCCUGAACACAGCUGUCCCAGAUCGGCUGCCUGCCAGAGAAAAGGAGAUGGACGUCAUCAGGGCCUUCCUGAAGGAGCACAUCUGUGGGAAAAAAGCUGGAAGUCUCUACCUCUCUGGUGCUCCUGGGACCGGAAAAACUGCCUGCUUGAGCCGGAUUCUGCAAGACCUCAGGAAGGAAGUGAAAGGCUUUAAAACGAUCCUGCUGAAUUGCAUGUCUUUGAGGAGUGCCCAGGCUGUGUUCCCAGCUAUUGCUCAGGAGAUUGGUCGGGAGGAAAUAUGCAGACCAGCUGGGAAGGACUUGAUGAGAAAACUGGAAAAGCAUGUGACUGCAGAGAAGGGCCCCAUGAUUGUGUUGGUGUUGGACGAGAUGGAUCAGCUGGACAGCAAAGGGCAGGAUGUUUUAUACACACUGUUUGAAUGGCCGUGGCUAAGCAAUUCCCGAUUGGUGCUCAUUGGUAUCGCUAAUACCCUAGAUCUCACAGACAGAAUUCUGCCGAGACUUGAAGCUAGAGAAAACUGUAAGCCGCAGCUGUUGAACUUCCCCCCUUACACCAGAAAUCAGAUAGCUACGAUCCUGCAGGAUAGACUCAGUCAGGUGUCAAGAGACCAGGUUCUGGACAGUGCUGCCAUUCAGUUCUGUGCCCGCAAAGUAUCUGCUGUUUCCGGAGACAUCCGUAAAGCACUGGAUGUUUGUAGGCGAGCUAUUGAAAUUGUGGAGUCGGACGUCAAAAGCCAGACGGUCCUCAAACCACUGUCUGAAGGUCAAUCACCCUCUGAGGCGCCAGUUCCCAAACGUGUUGGCCUUGCUCACAUAUCCCAAGUCAUUUCGGAAGUGGAUGGGAACAGGGUGACUCUGAGCCAAGAAACAACACAAGAUUCCCUCCCUCUCCAGCAGAAGAUCUUGGUUUGCUCUUUGCUGCUCUUGACCAGGCGGCUGAAGAUCAAAGAGGUCACUCUGGGGAAGUUAUACGAGGCCUACAGCAGCAUCUGUCGCAAACAGCAGAUGGCGGCUGUGGACCAGUCUGAGUGUUUGUCCCUGUCGGGACUCCUGGAGUCCAGAGGCAUUUUGGGAUUAAAGAAAAAUAAGGAAAGCCGCCUGACCAAGGUGUCUCUGAAGAUUGAAGAAAGGGAACUGGAGCAUGUCCUGAAAGGCAAAGCUUUCAUUGGUAAUAUCCUCGCUGCUGGACUGCCCUGAAUGCUUCUCCCACCCCACCUGCAAGUGUCCCGCUGACAUUUGGCAGACUGGGGAAUCUCCAUUUUAGUGUAUGGAUUCAUUGGCUCUUACUGUUUUUACUCAUAAAAAUGACUGAGUAGCUGGGUGUGAUGGCAUAUGCCUGUAAUCCCAGCACUUGGGAAAUAGAGGCAGAAGGAUCAGGAGUUCAAGGCCAUCCUUUGCUACAUAGUGAGUUUGAGGCUGGCCUGGACUACAUCAGACACUCUAAAGACAAAACCAAUGACCCUUUUAAAGUACUAUUCGGUAACUUUUCCACUUCUGCACCUAACCAAUGUGCCUGCAAGGACAUACAGACUUGUGCUGAAGGAUUUGUAUGUAUUAUUUUUCUAAAUAUAAACGAUAUAUUUUGUGAAGAACUUUGAGGUUUAAAGAUGAAGUGGAAUGAUCCAGAAAAAUAUACAAGCCUCCAGGAAAAUUUGAAGGAUCUUUUGGUCAAAGGACUCUGGAGUUUACUACAUUCCCAGACAGGUACUGCCUCGUUGGACUUUUUAAGGACUCGGGGAGUUUCUCUAGUGCUCCCACGCAAUGUGGGGGGUGAUAAGGAGAAUGUAACUGCAGAUUGUAAAUAUAUUUAUUUUCAAGUUUCA